AUGGCUGACUUAGCAAUCCACCCUGACGUAGCAGAGGCUCUCUCUAUAGCUCAAAAGAACGAAAGUUCUGAGAACUUGAUCAAAUUCAUUCAGAAAGUUUCUGAGAAAAAGGAAAGAUCAUGUUCUGAAUUCGUACUUGAUUUCGCAGUGAAACUAAUCUCAGAAGGCUCAGAUAUCCUAAAACUCGAAAACUUUAAGGUUUUGGAAGAGGCAUUUCUUGCUGCAAUCGAGUGCAAGGCUCUCGAUUGGGCUAAUGCUUUUCUGAUCAAGAUCAACGACCAUAUUCCUAAAUCUCCUAAAUCAAUUAGAUAUCUGGCGAUGUUCCAAGAAGCAUCAGGAAACCCAGAAGAAGCUAAAAAUUUAUAUAGGGAAUGAAUUAAAGCUGAUCCUGAAGAUACUGCUGCAUACAGGCGUCUAGCUGCUUAUUUAAGAGACUCAGACCUAGUAGAUGAGGCUAUACAGACUCUUAAUAAAGCACUUGAAAUGGAUAUGUCAGACACUCAGAUUUGGUUUGAAUUAUCAGAUAUCUACCUUGCUCAUAUGAACUAUAAGCAAGCAGCUUACUGUUUUGAGGAAAUUCUUGUCCAAAAGCCAACUAAUUACCUAUACAAUCUUAAAUAUGGAGAGAUCCUAUACUCAAUUGGAGGAGGAGAAAAUCUAAUUCUUGCCAGAAAAUACUUCUCUAAAGCUAUUGCUUUAAAUGAUAAAUCAACCGGAAGCACGAACAACAGCGUUAAAGCAAUCUGGAGCUUGCUCGAAACCUGCAAGAAACUUGAAUCAAUGGGUAGAAAAUACAAGGAUGAGGUCAAUGAAGAGCUUAUAGAGAUGUGUAAGGAAAAACUAACCAAGGCUUACUCCAAAGAGUCCAAAUUUGAUAUUGAAGAACUUAAAUAA